AUGAAUUUAGAUAGUAGAACCUAUUCUAAGCUACAUCUAGCAAGCUAUGGUGAUGAAAACUUUGAAAAAUAUAGAAGAAUAGUUGAUAGAAAUGUGAAAGUUUAUGAAAAUGAUAAAGUCUACACUCAUCCAACAAAUUAUAUAUAUUGUAGUAUAUGUGACUCCUUAAUUUUCAUACCUGGAGGUAAUUAUAGCACCCAUCUCUACCAUGAUAAUCACUUGAAAAGAUGUAUUUCUGGAAAUACUAUUUUGAAUGAACAUGCAAGAAGAAAUGAAAUUCUCAAAUAUAUUGAUAGAAAGAAAUUUCAGAUCUGGCAAUAUAAACAAUACAUAUUACAAGAAAAAGCUAAAAUUAAUCAUCUUCGUUUAGAGUUUUUCUCUCAAUUUACCUCACAUUCAGAAAAGGAUAAAUUGGCAUUGAUAUCAUAUGAUUAUGAUAUUUGUUCAAUCAGCUAUAAAGCUUAUGCGCAGGCUAAAGUAACUAUAGCAGAAAAUACUAUGCCAAAUACUCCAAAUUUUGUAUUUCACCUGCCAGAUGGGAAAUGA